AUGGAAGAGACGAGGAACCCGGCGGCGCAGUCCGGCUCUGCCGGCCUGGCGGCCCUCUCUGCCGGCCUGGCGAGGUGUCUGGCCAAGGAGAACGAGGACAGCAACCUGAUCCUCCGCAUCCUCGGUGCGUCGUCGCGCCGCCAGCUCAGGAAGUUCGUCUCAGGCGUAGCGCAGGACGCGCUCACGGAUCAGUCCGGCUCCGGCGGUCCACGCGUCGCGUUCGCAUGCGGCGUCUGGAGCGACCUCACGUGCCCGCUGAAGGCCGCCUACCGGAGCACCGUCGUGGACAAGUUCAAGGCCGAGGCGAGCACCGUCGACUUCAUCCACAACAAGGAGGCGGCACGGGGCCAGAUCAACGCGUGGGUUGCCAAUGCCACGAGCAAUCUGAUCGAUUCCGUCUUUGGUCCGGGAUCAAUAACACAUGAUACCCGCGUGGUGCUGGGCAACGCCAUAUACUUCAAGGGCAAGUGGGAUGAACCCUUCAGCAAGAAGUGCACCAGGAACAGGCUUUUCUACCGGCUGGACGGCGGCAAUGUCGACGUGCCGUUCAUGUCGAGCGGCUCGUCCCAGUUCAUCUCCGUGCACGACGGGUUCAAGGUUCUCAAACUCAGGUACCAGAUGCCACGACCACAACCCCAAGGUACAUACUAUGCGGAGGUGUCCUCUGAUCAUAAGAAGCGUAAGAAGGUGUCCUCUGACUCUGAGUAUACACAAUUCUCUAUGUGCAUCUCCCUCCCGGAUGCCCGCGACGGCCUGCCGGACCUGGUUGACACGAUAGCAUCCCAGCAUGGCUUCCUGCACGAGUACCUGCCGAAGGAGAAGGUCGGCGUCAACGAGUUCCGGUUGCCCAAAUUUAAGCUGUCCUUCGGAAGCAGCAUCGUCGCCAUCCUCAAGAAGCUAGGGCUCGAAUCGCCGUUCGGUGGCGAAGCCGAUCUAUCUCGCAUGGUGGAGCGCGAUGAAUCCGGCCUCCCAUUGAUCGUGAGUGAUGUGAUCCACAAGGCGGUCAUCGAGGUGAACGAGGAAGGCACCGAAGCAGCGGCCGUUACCGUGGUGCGAGCAGGUAAGCGCUGCCCGAAGCCGCCGCCGCGGCCACCUCCUAGAGUGGAUUUUGUGGCCGACCAUCCUUUUGCAUAUUUCAUAGUCGAGGAGGGGACAGGCGCGGUUGUCUUCGCGGGGCAUGUCCUCGACCCGUCGAGAGAGAGCUAG